UCAUUCGUCACGCGCGUUUAAGUCUCAACGUAAAUGUCGAACGAGUCCACCACAGUUGCCAAAAGAACACUCUGCUCUCGCCUCUUUUAUUUGAUUUUUCUGAAUUUUCCUCUCUCUAAGCAAUUUCCGCUGUUCCAAACACUGUCUUAACCAGAUUCCUUGCUUUUUUUCAUCUCAAAUUCCCUACUUUUUGUUGCUUCGCAACGUGGCUUAGAUCCUUCUUCAUCACGCUUUGUAACUGCUUCACUCAAGCUAUUUCACGAUGCGAUCAAUGCAUAAGUAGCUGAAAAUUCGAAGUGCGCAGAAGAAAUGGAGAAGGAGUCACAUGGAUUAAUUAUAGGCAUCUCAAUUGGAGUGGUGAUAGGAGUGCUUUUAGCUAUACUUGCAUUUUUCUGCUUUAGGUACCAUAGGAGACAUCCUCAGAUAGGGAAUAGCAGUUCUAGGAGGGCUGCCACUAUUCCUAUACGUGCAAAUGGUGCCGAUACUUGUACAGUAUUAUCUGACUCUUCCAUUGGUACUGAGUCACCAAAAUCGACUAUCCAGAAUGGCAUGUCAGUGUGGCUUGGCGGCCUUAGAAAGGCAAAUGUUGUUUCUGCAUCCGGUAUACUCGAGUACUCCUACAAGGAUUUGCAAAGAGCAACCUACAACUUCACCACAUUGAUUGGUCAAGGGGCCUAUGGUCCUGUCUAUAAGGCUCAGAUGUCUACUGGUGAGACAGUUGCUGUCAAAGUGCUCGCAACUGAUUCCAAACAAGGAGAGAAAGAAUUCCAAACAGAGGUCAUGUUACUGGGAAGGCUACAUCAUAGAAACCUGGUGAAUUUGGUUGGAUAUUGUGCAGAGAAGGGUCAGCAUAUGCUUAUCUACGUUUACAUGAGCAGAGGCAGUUUGGCUUCUCACUUGUACGAUGAAAAGCUUGAACCGUUGUGCUGGGAUUUGAGAGUUCAAAUUGCUCUUGAUGUGGCUAGGGGCUUAGAGUAUCUUCACGACGGGGCAGUUCCUCCAGUUGUACACCGGGAUAUUAAAUCAUCCAAUAUUUUGUUGGAUCAGUCAAUGAGAGCUAGGGUUGCUGAUUUUGGGCUUUCAAGGGAAGAAAUGGUCAGUAAACAUGUAUCCAACAUCCGUGGAACAUUCGGAUAUCUUGAUCCUGAAUAUAUAUCAACUAGGUCAUUCACUAAGAAAAGUGAUGUUUACAGCUUUGGGGUCUUACUAUUUGAACUUAUUGCUGGUAGAAACCCUCUUCAGGGGCUUAUCGAGUAUGUUGAACUAGUAAGAUCUCUCUCUCUCUCUCUCUCUCUCUCUCUCUCUCUAUCUCUCUCUCUCUCUCCCCUCUCAUUAUGAGAUGUGAGACUGCGUACAAUAGGCCCUAGUGGUCCGGCCCUUCCCCGGACCCGCGCAUAGCGGGAGCUUAGUGCACCGGGCUGCCCUUUAUUUUUUGACGAUGAUAUGGUGAGAACUAAGGGCCCAUGAUUUCUUGAGCAUAUACAGCUUUAUGAGAUUGCUUAUGCCUUCUUUCUUUUCUUUUAGUUUUCCUUACUUUUUUGUUGUAAUAUCUUUGUUUACUCCUAUGUCUUUCCUGGUUGUACUUGGAUGACUUCAUCAUAUGUUUAUUUUCACUCAACAUUGAUUCAAAUAAGUCCGUUUUUCACAUUGGAUAUACUGUAUAGUAUCUACUUGCAAUAGAAUUUUGCUUCUAGUAGAUAUUACUCUCUUUGCUCUUAUAUUGCCUAAUUCAGUUUUGAGUGCCAUGUUUCACAUUGGAUGUACUGUAUGUUUACUCUCUUUUGUUUCUGAGUGCACAAGUUUUUAGUGGAAAAGCUUGCAAGGACCUUGUUGCAUAAUUGGUGAUGGUGGUGAGUUAUGAAGGAAAUGAGACAAAUUUCACAGGGCAUUUCUUUCUAAAAAUGAGAGAAAAUAGUAAAAGAAUGCAAUAGCUGUUUCAUAAAUCAAACAGACCCCAGCAAAAGAGAUACUGGGGUCUGAGUCUUCAAGGUUCCUGCAUCCUGUAGUCCAUGUCUGCAGUUAGCUUAUCACUGUUGCAUGUAUUACUCCUCAAAAUGUCACUACUAGCUUUAGGGACACGUGAGCACUGAUUGUCGAGCAACUUUUGCAAACAUCA